UAGCACUGCUCGAGGGUCAAGUAGACCAGCGUUCUACCGUUGGUGUGUCUGAAAGAAAAGUGAGUUUACAAAAUGUUCUAACCAUCAGAUUGAGAAAUCACAAGUAGGCAGAGAAGCAGGCAGAGAGAGAUGGAGAAGCAGGCUCCCUGCUGAGCAGAGAGCCUGAUGCGGGACUCGAUCCCAGGACCCUGAGAUCAUGACCUGAGCCGAAGGCGGAGGCUUUAACCCACUGAGCCACCCAGGCAUUCUGCACAUCUUAAUUUUUAAAACUUCGCUGAGCCUGGAAGAAUACCUGAUUAGCAUCCAGAACUGUGGAUAUCAAUUUUCCUGGAAGAUUCGACCACCGCUGUUCAGAGCUGCUAUUGGAAUACCAUGUCUAAGAACUCGGAGUUUAUCAAUCUGUCAUUUCUGUUAGAUCAUGAGAAGGAAAUGAUCCUGGGAGUCUUAAAGAGAGAUGAAUACUUGAAAAAAGUGGAGGACAAGAGAAUAAGGAAGCUGAAAAAUGAACUCUUAGAAGCAAAACGUAGAAGUGGGAAGACUCAGCAACAAACGAACAGAGUCUGUGUUCACUGCCAGAGAAACCUGGGCUUAAUAUUUGACCGAGGAGAUCCAUGCCGGGCCUGCUCCCUGAGAGUGUGCAGCGAGUGUCGGGUCCCGGGCCUCGAUGGCAGCUGGAAGUGCACUGUCUGUGCCAAAGUCGCACAGCUAAGGAUUAUAACUGGUGAAUGGUUUUUUGAAGAAAAGGCAAAGCGUUUCAAGCAAGUCAACGUUCUGGGCACUGAUGUAGUCCGACAGUCCAUCUUAAGAAGAAGUCCAGGAACUGAAGAAACACAAAGUCAAGAGCAAUCCUGCCAGGACCCAGAAAAGGCAGACACUUCACCUUCUUCUGGGCAAAAGGCCAGUCGUGAUGGACCCAGGAAAAAAGGAUUUCUUCUGAGCAAGUUCAGAUCGGCAACCAGGGGAGAGAUCAUGACUCCAAAAACGGAAAGUGGGCGGAGCUACAGCUUGGACCUAGACAGCCAGAACUUGCGGAGUUUAAAGUCAGUCCCUGGUUCGGACAGGGGAAGCACGGGUUCAUCCGAUCUUAAUGACCAGGAAGCUGGCCCCUCAACCCCGAAAAGCAGCCGGAGCAGUGGUGUGACCCCCAUCACUCAGAGGUCACCAGCCCCAAGCACACACAGUGUGGCUUCAGUCAGCUUUAGAAAGCGACAUGGUUUUGAAAGUUCCAUGGAUUUGACUGCCAUUGAAAGCACGUAUGAGAACCUCACAAAGAGUCAUCGCAGAAAUGUUUCUGGUACACCUUCCAUAGCGGUGUCUGAGAUCUCCCUCUCCUCAGACCGGAGUCGAUCUGAGUUAGAUCUGAGUGGGUCAUAUCCGGAAGACUUAGAGAAUACUGUAAACAUAAGAAGCAAGUCCGUCCCUGGGGCUUUAGACAAAGACUUGGACUCCUUGGAAGAGACUGAGCAAGGUGUUCAUGGCUUAGCAUCCUCCCGGUUUUCUGCCAACACCCACAGUCUAGCAAGUGGCCUGUCAACCAAUUCUCAACCAGGCUGUGACAGGAAGUGGACCUACCUAAGUGUCCCUGAUGCGGACUCAGACACUACCAGCCUUAACAGCAUGAUGAGUGUUUACAGUGAAACGGGGGACUAUGGCAACGUGAAGGUCAGUGGUGAAAUCCUUCUCCACAUCAGCUACUGCUACAAAACUGGCGGGCUCUACAUUUUUGUCAAGAAUUGCAGAAAUCUGGCCAUAGGAGAUGAAAAGAAACAGAGGACAGAUGCUUAUGUCAAGUCGUACCUUCUUCCUGACAAAUCCAGAAACAAUAAGCGCAAGACCAAGAUCAGAACAGGCACCAAUCCAGAAUUCAAUGAGACACUAAAGUACACCAUCAGCCACACCCAGCUGGAGACGAGAACUCUGCAGCUCUCGGUCUGGCAUCAUGAUCGAUUCGGCCGUAACAGCUUCCUCGGGGAGGUGGAGAUUCCUUUUGACUCAUGGAACUUUGAAAAUCCAAGCGAUGAGUGGUUUGUGCUUCAGCCCAAGGUGGAAUUCGCUGCAGACAUAGGCCUUCACUAUAAAGGAGAGCUAACAGUUGUUUUACGUUACAUCCCCCCAGAGGAGAACCUGAUGAUUCCUCUAGAACAAGUUCAAGGAAAGAAGACCUUCAAAAGGGGAAAGAAGAAGGAGUCAUCCGUAAUCUUUGGAGGAAUACUGGAAGUGUUGAUCAAAGAGGCAAAGAAUUUGACAGCGGUGAAGUCAGGAGGCACUUCUGAUAGCUUUGUGAAGGGCUACCUGCUCCCAGAUGACAGCAAAGCUACCAAGCACAAAACUCUGGUGGUAAAGAAGAGUGUUAACCCUCAGUGGAAUCAUACUUUCAUGUUCAGCGGCCUGAACCCCCAGGAUAUAAAGAAUGUUUGCCUAGAACUUACUGUCUGGGACAAGGAGGCCUUCUCCAGCAACAUCUUUCUGGGAGGAGUUCGUUUGAAUUCUGGAACCGGUGUGAGCCACGGGAAGAGUGUAGAUUGGAUGGACUCUCAAGGGGAAGAGCAACGCCUGUGGCAGAAGAUGGCGGACAAUCCUGGGACUCCCGUCGAGGGUGUGCUCAUGCUGCGGUCCAGCAUGGGGAAGUGUAGGCUCUGAAGGUACCAGUCUCCAAAGUGAGGCCUCGAGGCACUGUCUGGCUGCUGUUUGAUCCCAGUAUUGGUCUUGCGACCUAGGAUUCUGCUUCCCUGCCAUUUUUCACCUGAGUGUAUUGGGACACAUGAGUAGAGAUGUCCACGUUAUGAACGUUUGAGUGUCUCAAAGAGCAUGUACCUCUGUGUGUCCAGGGACCAAGGCCUUUUUGAUUGGAUGGUAAAAAGUGUGCCACACUGUCCUGUCAACGGCAAGUUAUGCAAUGAUUCAUAGACUUCAUACCAUAAGGGAAAUGGUAUAAGCUUCUUUGAAACUACAGUUGAAAUUUGGAAUCCCUAAACUUUUUCUAUUACUGAGUUAUUUUACAUUUCCUAAAAUGGUUUGAGGGUUAAAGGGGCCACUCAUUACGUAGUUCACUUGAAGAGUAAGAAGGAAUACUGACUACGCUUUCCUCACCCUGGGAAUUCCCAUAAUCCCUAAAAGGCAUUGUGGGGAUGGUUGCUUAGACAAGGAGAUGGCCCUGUUAUUGUAGCAAGCUUGUGGAUUAACCAGGUAAGUUUUCAAGAUAAACGGACAGGUUUUUCUAUGGUGAUUAUAUAAUCUAUAAUCUAAAUCAGCCCACUUUUGAGAGUGGAAAGAACUAGAUCUUUCUAUCCGAACAAUAGUUGGAUCGACCAGGGAAAAUGGAGACAUGUUGUCACCCUAAUUAUGACUUAGGAAUUAGAGAGCUCCAUUGUAAAUAUCUAUUUUGUAAAAUAUUCUAAGCCACUGACUACAAGGGAAUAAGAACUAAUGUACAUUUUCAGCCCCUGCAUGUGUCGUAUCUACUGAUAUCCCACUGGUCAAAGGAAGUCAUAUGGCCAAACCUAAAAUCAGGAGGCAGCGAAAUCUACUCUGUUCACAGUGAAGCCAUGACAAGCAUGAGGAUCCAGGAAGGGAAGAAGAAUCAGUAGUUCAGUAGUUCAAUCUACUUUACCUUCUAUUACCUGGAAUUCCAGGUGCGUCAGCCACCAAAGUUAGAGGCAAAGAUAGUUAAUGUUGAAAGGUACUUCAGACCUGGUUCCUCAUUUUGCAUGUUCCAAACCUGAAGCCCCUAGAAAGCUAAAGGACUUGCCCAAGAUCGUAUAGAAGCCAUGACGAUAUCCAGACUUAAAUCCAGGGUGUGACUUGUCAGCCAGUGUUCUUUCUACAGUAGCCCUUGGCAUAAUCUUACACUUCUCAGGGUGGAUGGGAGGGCAGAGAUGAAGGAAGGUGAGCGGAGUUGGGUUAUUUCAGUAUGAAGUACCUGCCUCUCUCUUCUUCUGGAGUCCUAUUCUAGCCCCUCAGUUCAUUUUUUCACUUGAAUUCAUAUAAAAUCUUCAAAAAGGUAGAAACAGAAUUUUACUGAUAUAAAAGCUAGAAUCAUCUUCAGGCUUAUUCAAGCUAUUUUUUUUUCCAUAUUCUGAAUUUCUUCCUGAAUUUUAAAAACUGAUAUAAGAAUAUAUUUAGCAUUGUUCUUGGGAAUAAGCAGUCUUUUUUCAAUAUUAUUCAAAAAUAGGCUAAUUCUCAAAAAUUGAACUUAUUGGUCAGUUUUAGCGUAGUACAUAGGGAACAUUUUUUUUUUAACUCAACACCCAUAUCCCUGUGCUACUCUUCUUAAAAACAGAAAGCCAAAACUGUAAGAUCAUCACUACUUCCUAUAUUAGAAUAAUUAGUUGUCUUCAGACUUGAUCUGACUCAUUCUGUCUGCAGUGACAUUUUUCGGACACAUGAGAGGGUGAUGUUGGUGACGUCUGGAGACCUCUCCAGUGUAGACAAACUAAAGUAUAUUUUAUUCACUAAUCACAGAAGUGGCAAAACAUUAAAUUCCAAAAUGUAUACCUUGGACUCUAGAUGAGCAUAACUCUAUGAGUUUAGACCUUUGCCACUUUUAAAGCAAUUCUCUAUAUUAUGUUUUUAAUAAAAUUCAAUAUCUAACUGGGUCUUUCCAUAAUGCAAAAACCCAAGUAUGCAAAAGUCCAUCAGAAACCUGCAGUGGUAUUCUCAGAAAGAAAAGGUGAAUUGACCUUCAGGUCACUCUGUUUUACUAAGUGUUGUGUACUAGUACAAAUAUUUUUAAAUAUAGGUAAUAUAUGUGAAUGGCACAAAAGUUAAAUGGUUCAAAACUGCGAAAAGUAAGUCCGCCUUCUUUAUCUUCCCUAGCAGAAAUGAUUGAUAGCCUCAUUCUUUCUUAUAGCUAUAUUAGAUGUUGCAUUAUAGGGAUAUGGCACAUUGAUUUAACCCCACCUAUCAAAUGCCACAUUAAAUAUGGAUAACUUCCCUACCUACAUUUGGUGGCUUUUCUGAGCAACCUUUCAAACAUCAACACUUCCACAAUAAAAAUGAGGCAUAUGUAUUAUACAGCCAUUCCACUUUGGGGUGUUUAUCCUCUAGAGGUGGAUAUAGAUGUGAGAAAUGAGUAAGUACGAAAGUAUUUAUUGCAAAAGAUAGGAAAGAUCCAACAGCCCAUCAGUAGAGGCCUUAUAAUAUCAUAUAUGCCUACUUUCUCUGUUUCAUUAGUCUCCCUCUCCUUGUCUGCUGAAGAUCGCUCAGUGAGAAACUCUGGAUUCUCUAGUGCUUGUUCUUUCCUUCCUCCUCACUUCAAACACCCCCUCGGGCAUUAUCGUGUACCAUGCCUCCAUGGGUUUCUGUGCUUAUAACUUCACACUCGCAGCUCCAACCCACACCAUUCCUCUCAGCCCCAGACCGAGAUCCAGCUGCCCAUAUGACAUAGCCACCAGGACAGUUUGUGUUUUCAACAGAGUCAAGACUGAACUCUUCACUCGAGCUGUCCUCUUGUACGCAUUUCUAUCUACUUCAGUACAUCCUGUCUCUCUACCUCGUACCUUCCUCUACCCAGUCACCAUAAGUAAUAGAGUUUCAGCCCAAGAAAGCUCACCCCACCCUGUGUCAGCACAGUUAAAGGCACAGAGGCUGCUCUCCAGCCCAGUUCUCCAUAUCACCUUCUCAGAAGAGACCGUGGCCUUGCCUGGAGUGUCCUCCGCCUUAUUUGGAGAUCUCGGCCUUCACUGUUCCCUCAGAUGAAUCAGACAAGUUGUAAAGGGCCGUGGGCAAGCUUUAAAGCCUGACUUUAUCCAUUCAGUUUGUCAACAGCACUUGCAGGACACAUGGAAGAUUAUCUGCCAACUCUCGUUUCAUUCACACGGUCACUGGAACUGGAAUCAUUGGGAUGCAGAUUUUCCAGGUCACAAAAAUGCCAAAAGCGAAGCUAUUUCGCGGGACUUCAUAUUCCUGGCCUCUUUUUUCCUUAAUAAACUUAUAUGAAUUUAUGACCAAUGACCAUUAAGUAUUUAACUAACUAAUGGAUGAAUUGAACCUACCUGAUUCACAGUAAUAGGGGUCUCGUCAUUGCCUGGUACCCCAUGGUUUCCAUUUGCUGGGGGAGGAGAAAGUUAUGGACGAAAUAAGAGCAAACCCCACUUUUAGAAACAGAAGAGAUUGAAAUAUCAAGUCACCCCAGAAGUAUCUCAGAAUAAAAGCCUAUGGCAUUUGGGACUGUGAUCAGUGUUUAUUUUUUGUUCUGGAUAGAUCUUUCACAUCACACUGAGCAUUGCCCUUAGGAGUUGGCAGAAUGGCUUCCAGUGGCUUCCAAAGCCAUGGAAAUUAGGCCACAUCAAGGAUUCCAAAGGAUUGUCUGAGUCAUCUGGAGUGUGAAUUUAAUACACUGAUUCCAGAGCAUUGUCCCAAACCUACUGAAUAAAAUCUCCAGGAUUUUUAGCAAGCUUCUUGGGUGAUUCUAAUACAAAUGGAUCACAGUUUGAGAAACACUGCAUUAGAGGACAGAAUAACUCCACUGUAUUCUUUGGGCUAACUCUAUGUUAUGAUGGCAGAUUGGAUUUGGUUAACCUGGACAUUGCUCAUUGCAAGGCAACCGUGGUGAGGUGAAAGGAGCCUAACCUUGGACUUAGAAGAUGUUAGCUCAGCUCUUGACUACUUACCAACUGUGUGACCUUGGUCAAGUUAAUUCUCCAAUCUAGGCCUUGAUCUAUUUGCCUGUAAAGUAGGACUAAUUGGGUUAACUUGGAGUUACCAAAGAUAUGAAAUAAAGUAAUACAUGUAAAUAUGCCUUGUAAAUUUUAACGCACUGGCCGGGGGAAAGGUCAUUGGUGAGCUAGUUAUAAAACUCUGUGGUUCAUAAUCUCUUAGGCCCUUCUUUUCCUGAAGGCUUCAUUAGGGCUUAAUCAUUCCAUGUACAGUGAAGUGGUUUCAGUGUACAGCAGAGAUAUAAGAAAGAAUAAAAAAUCCUUAUUUUGUGCCAUGUGA